GCAGCAGCAGCAGAGUGCGAGGUCCCAGCAAAUCAUGAUGAGGAUUUUGCUUGCUCUGAGCUUGGGGGUUGCUUGCUGCAGUUUGUGGGUCGGGGCAGAGGUGCCGCUGCAGCCUGAUUUCCAGAAUGAAAAGGUCUUAGGCAAGUGGUAUGGCAUCGGCCUGGCCUCCAACUCCAACUGGUUCAAGGACAGGAAGAGCCACAUGAAGAUGUGCACCACCAUCAUCACUCCCACCACCGAUGGGAACAUGGACGUCACAGCCACUUAUCCCAAGAUGGAUCGCUGUGAGACAAAGUCCAUGACUUAUUUUAAGACGGAGCAGCCGGGCCGUUUCCGCGCUAAAAGCCCCCGCUACGGCAGUGAACAUGACAUGCGGGUAGUGGAGACCAACUAUGAUGAAUACAUUCUAAUGUACACAGUGAAGACCAAGGGAUCAGAAACCAACCAAAUUGUCUCUCUCUUUGGCAGAGACAAGGAUGUGAGGCCAGAACUGCUGGAUAAGUUCCAGAGCUUCGCUAAGACUCAAGGACUCACUGAUGAUAAUAUUCUCCUUCUGCCCCACACGGAUCAGUGCAUGACAGAAGCUUAGAGGCUGGGGAUUUCACACGUGUCGUGUCAUAUGUGCCCCCCCAUGUACCCCAAUGGGUUUAGAAAAUGCUUGUGGAUAUGAAUCAAUAAAUGUUUGUAUUAAUCACUCA